UUAAAUAAAGAUUUUAAAAGAAUAUUGAUUGAGAAUGCUGAUAUGACGCCAUUAUCAGUGAAAGAUGUUCUUACAGCAUCGGACGGAACUCACAAGGAGGUUGCAGAUAUUGUUCACUUUGGAUGAUGGAUUGGCGAUAGAAACGGUAGUGAUUCCUUGCAGCAGGGGAAGGACCACUGUUUGUGUUUCAAGUCAAGUUGGCUGUGCAAUGAAUUGCCAAUUCUGCUAUACUGGAAGGAUGGGUUUGAAAAGGCAUUUGAGAACAGCUGAAAUAGUUGAACAAGCUGUUUUUGCACGAAGGUUAUUUUCAGCUAAGUUUGGAUCUAUUACAAAUGUUGUAUUCAUGGGAAUGGGUGAACCUUUUCAUAACAUAGAUAAUGUUAUUAAAGCGGCAGCUAUUAUGGUUGAUGAGCAAGGUCUUCAUUUUAGUCCUCGUAAGGUAACUGUUUCAACCAGUGGACUUGUUCCUCAAUUGAAACGCUUUCUCAAAGAGUCUAACUGUGCGUUAGCUGUUAGUCUCAAUGCAACAACUGAUGAGGUAUGCUGACUUUUGCUUUUUGGAAGAUUUACAUAUA